UCGCGCUUUGUGAUUGUCGAGCGGGACACGGCGCUUUUUCACUUUCUCAUAGUCGAACACUCGCAAAACUAUUAAACUGUCGUGCUACGUAUCGCCAAGAUAACCUAACGUUGCCUAACUACUUUAAGCCAACGUUUCGAUGCUUUCGGGACUGGAUUGUUUUAAGACGCAGCCAACGAGAAAUAAGAUUAUUCAAUUUCUCGCAUUUUUCUUUCUCGUUGCUUGUCUCUUAACCAAGACUGCACGCACGAAUAACCGACAAAUCAUCAGUUUUAAUUUUGCCAAUUCGUCCUGAGAAUUUCUCGCGUUGAGAUAAUGUUACCGCGAAAAAAGUAUAUCCUAUUUGGAAAAAAAAAUUAAAAUUAACUCUUGUGUUGCUUAGCAUUAUUAGCAUUUGCGCAAUGUCAUCGUGCGUUCUCGAAUGAUCGCGAACAAUCGAGUUCGCAAGAAAUCAUCACGACAUCGUUUUUUCGCGUCUAUAUCGUGUUUCUAAAGAAUCCUCAAUAUUCCAGUGUCAAAUCAGUAAUCAUCAUUCCCUCUUCUCCUAAUUGUUCCUUUGAAAUAACGAUCCACCAAGCAAUAAAGUACUACGUUACAAAAUGUUGAGCAUGUUACAAAAAUAUAUAUAAUUUAACUUCUCGUGAGUCAUAGCACUCACAACGUAUUCUUCAAAGAAAAAAAAAGAUUGCUUUUCCGUAUUAUUUGUCACGUUAACCGUAAUCAGGACGCAUCUAUCGUGUAAAAUAUUUGAUUUGCCGAAAAAGGGAUUUGUCGUGCUACGAAGUUCGCUAAGCAAUGUACAUACGGAGCGAAAAAUGUCGUCGUUCCUCGUGUGGAAUGCCGUUUGAUUGUUAUUUAGAUCGAUUCACGCGUGACCGUGCUACGCCGGUACCAUCAUCAUCUCCACCAGAAGCACUGCUCUACAAAGAAGUGUUAUUUUUAGGGCAUACCACGCGUUUCUCGUAAAUAACAUAUCCCGCCCGCAAGCCUGACGCUUGUACUAUGAGAUACAGAAAAAUAUGGAAAACUGUACAGGAAAACGCCAUUUGGCAGGGGAGAUUAAUCCAGUGACAAAAUAUCUAAAGUUUGAAAUUGACUAUAAAAUGUUUGGUUGGGGUAGCACUACACAUGGGCAGUUGGGACUGGGUGGUAUUGAGGAAGAAGUAAUAUCUACUCCUCGUGAAGUGAAUUUUGAAAAAGCUAAUGAAAUUGGACAAAUUGCUUGUGGAGAUAACUAUACUAUAAUUGUUACUAAAGAAGGACAAGCAUAUUCCUGUGGUAAUAAUGAUUGUGGACAACUUGGUCAAGAAAAAGGAAGGAAAAGAUUACAGCCAAUAAGUGGUAUAGGUCCAUUUGCAUUUAGAAAAGCUUCAUGCGGGGCUGCUCACACAUUAGUUGUUAAUGAAUGGGGACAACUUUUCAGCUGGGGUUGUAAUUCAGAGGGUCAACUAGGCUUAGGUCGUAUCGAAGGUACAGUACAUGAACCAUGUAUGGUAAAAACGCUGGGUACAAAAGUGAUAGUACAGAUUGCAUGUGGUUUGAAGCAUUCGAUUGCUCUUACCAACAAUGGAGAACUAUAUGCAUGGGGUAGCAACAGCGAUGGACAAUUAGGACUAGGAUCUGACACAAAGAUGGAACUGAUACCUAAAUUAGUUCACAGUUUAGCUGCUGUACCAAUUGCUUUUGUUGCAUGUGGGGGAUAUCAUACUAUAGUCAUAUUGAAGUCAGGAGCUAUAUUUGCAUGGGGCCGAAAUACCUUUGGACAAUUGGGAUUGGAUGAUAUGCAAAAUAGAAAUGUGCCAUGUCAGUUACGUUUUUUAAGAAAUUCAAGGGUAUGCCAUGCAGCAUGUGGUGAAGAAUUUUCCGUAUUCUUGACAAUGGAUGGUGGUGUGUUCACUUGUGGUGCUGGAAUGUAUGGUCAAUUAGGUCACGGGGAUAAGACAAGUUUAGAUUUGCCGCGACAAAUAAUUGAACUGAUGGGUAGCACGGUGACCCAAAUAUCCUGCGGAAAAAGGCACACAUUGGCUCUAGUGCCAUCUAGAGGCAGAGUUUACGCGUGGGGUCUAGGUGGUGCUGGACAAUUGGGUAACGGUAUCGCAAAAAAUUCCACGACACCACAAGCUGUAUUUGGACCAUGGAUGGAAAAACUCGACUCACAGAACCGUCUUGAACCACCUGAAUACGUUGUCAAGCAUAUAUAUAGCGGUGGUGAUCACUGUUUUACCACAGUCACCCUGAGAAAAGAUAAUAUAGAACCGGAUGACUGUAGAAUAUUAGGGUCAACCUCCCAAAUUCUUGCAGUGACGGAGGAACAACUAGUCGCCUGUCAAAGAGUACCACCUGGAUCACCGGUUGAUCAUGAAUUAAUUACGUAUCUAGAGACUGUAUUCAGAAGUCAAGCGUGUAUAAAUGGAUCUUUUUUACGCGCUAAUGACGCGCAUUAUGGAUGUUCAGGUCAACAUCAUGGUAUAGACAUUGAUCGUGCAAUUAAAUUAUUCGCAGUUAUUUCCAAACUGGAAAACAGUACGAUUCAAGAAUUGAUUUUUACGUGCAUAACCGAUAGUCUUUUACCAUCGUUUGCAAUAUCCCCGCCCGACGUGGAAUCCCUAAGAGUGUACUUAACGUUGCCACUGUAUCAUGGCUUCGUGGAUCCAAUGAACUACAACAGUCUGCAAUACCCGUUCUCCAAGGCCAUGCUGGAUCUAAAGCUAGAGGCUCGCAUUAUCGUGGGCAAAUGGUGGAGUAAAGCUCCAGCAUAUUACUUUGAGAGAUUAGUGAGGAUUUACAAAUACGUCGUAUUGCACUUCGUGAAACGACCGACGGCGGACAAAAGUGUCGAGUGGAAUACAGCCAUAGAGUCUGCUCUAAAUUUAUUAAAAUUUUUGUAUAAAGAAAAUGUCACAAAAGAGGGCAUGCGAGUACCUUACGAAACCUUUCACUUACCGGAUCUGAUGCACUUUAUAGACAUUAGAGCUGAUUACCUUAAGUGGCUAAUGGAAGAUUCUUCGUCUAAUCGUCAUAAAAUAUACUUUUGUAAUUACUCUUUUAUCCUCGAUGCCGAGGCAAAAACUGUAUUACUCGAAACGGAUCAAGCUAUACAGAUGCAAUCCGCGAUGAAUGAAGCGGCAUCGAGAGCUAUUAGGCAUAUAUUGUUUCAUAUGAACACGGAUAGUAUAGACGCGCGGCACCAUAAUCAAUUUGUGACAUUGAAUGUAUCACGGGAGAAUAUAGUUACGGAUACUCUAACGCAAUUAUCACAGUAUGAUCCUCACGACUUGAAGAAACCGCUCAGAGUUAAAUUUCACGACGAGGAAGCUGAGGACGCAGGUGGAGUGAAAAAAGAAUUCUUCAUGCUUCUGUUACGAGAGAUACUUGAUCCUAAAUAUGGUAUGUUCAAACAAUAUGAGGAAACGAGAACAAUCUGGUUUAUCGAAGAUUCGUUUGAGGAUGAAGUCAUGUAUUUUCUAAUUGGGCUUCUCUGUGGUUUGGCUAUCUACAAUUUCAUCAUUAUCAACUUACCAUUCCCGUUGGCAUUGUACAAAAAAUUGCUACGGGAAUCGGUAGGAUUGAACGACGUCAAGAAUUUGUCACCAAUAAUCGCCAGAAGUAUGCAAAGUAUUCUUGAUUACAACGAACCAGAUUUCGAAGAGGUAUUCAGUUUGAAUUUCGAGGUAAAUCGAGAGGCAUUCGGCGAACAAAAAACCUUUGAAUUGAUACCUGGCGGUAGCAAAGUUCCUGUAACGUUAAAGAAUAAAAAACAGUUCGUUGACCUUUAUGUCGACUACAUACUGAACAAAUCGGUGGAAUCUCAUUUCAAAGCUUUUCACGAAGGUUUCCAUAGAGUGUGCGGUGGCAAAGUAUUAGAGCUUUUCCACAGUCACGAAUUAAUGUCUGUGGUAGUCGGUAAUGAAAAUUAUGAUUGGGAGCAACUUCAGAAAAAUGCGACUUACAAAGAGGGCUACUCUGAAAACGACCCCACUAUUGUGCUUUUUUGGCAAGUUUUCCACAAACUGACCUUAGAAGAGAAGAAAAAGUUUUUACUCUUUUUAACAGGCAGCGAUCGAAUACCUAUACAGGGUAUGAAGGCUAUCAGGAUAACGAUACAGCCAAUGAGCGACGAACGCUUCCUGCCUGUUGCACAUACGUGCUUCAACUUACUGGAUCUACCGCGUUAUCAAACGCGCGAGAGAUUAAAAUAUAAAUUGCUACAAGCCAUCCAACAGACUCAAGGAUUUUCGCUUGUGUAAAAGUUUAUUUUAACAUAACACUGUUUUCGUAAUCCGCAAUCCGAUUGUUAUCUUUGUGACUACCUAUCCACAAAUUCAUCAUUUAAUACGAAUUAUAUAGAGGAGAAAGUGAUAUUUACAAAAAAAAAAGAAAAAAUAGUGAACUCCGUUACCUAACACAGACGCAUGCCUAAACAAACUAAGUCACUGAUCACUGAUUGAAUAAUGUGAUGUACCAGCAUACAAAAAAUUCGAUGAAAUAUACUAAAUGUCGAUAUGCGAAGAACACCUCUAUAUUGUGAUAGAAUAAGUCCGUGAUGAAUAUACGAAUCACCGAUUCAUCUGUAACUAAUAUCUGCUGUUAAAUAGUUUGCGAAAGUAAAACAGCAACUCCUUAACAUCGAUUCGAAUUGAAUCACUCGCGGCAUUGUUUUUUUUCUAAUAGUUAAUAAUCCUGUGAAAAUUGAUAAUAAGCCGAUAUCAUUACAGUACGUGAGAAUCUCAUAAAACAAAUUAUUUGUGAUUAACGUAAAUUACGUUUGUGACCAAUAGAAAUUUUCAUAAUCCAUAUCUUUGGCGAGAAAAUUUUAAAAUA